AAGUAACCAAAAGGUAAUCGAACCUGGACCGACGUAUUAAAAAAAAGAAAACUACAAGUCCAUGAACCGUGACGGAUGUGACAUCACGUCUGGCAUAUGAGGCCGCAGAGGGGACUGGCAGUGAUGGCGGAAGUGGAUGUGUUGCUGAUGAUGGCGGAAGUGCUGGACGAGAAGAUGAAGCCAGACCCCGAGCGAAGCCGUUUUCCUCAUUGUGUUGUAUGGACCCCAAUUCCAGUCCUGACAUGGCUUUUCCCAUUCAUUGGUCACAUGGGCAUCUGUACAUCAUCUGGUGUGAUACGAGACUUUGCUGGCCCCUAUUAUGUUUCUGAGGAUUGCAUGGCUUUUGGGAAGCCAGUAAAAUAUUGGCAGUUGGAUCCUAACCUUGUACAUGCCAGUGGGCCUAACCCAUGGGAUACAGCCAUCCAUGAAGCGUCCGAAGAAUAUAAACAUCGUAUGCACAAUCUGUGCUGUGAUAACUGUCAUUCCCAUGUUGCUAUGGCGAUGAACUUAAUGAAAUAUAAUAACACAUCCUGGAAUAUGGUGAAACUCUGUAUUUACAGCCUGAUUUAUGGCAGAUAUGUCAGUGUUGGAGGCUUUCUGAAGACUUGGGUUCCAUCCCUUUUACUGGUAGGAGCAAUUCUCACAGUCAUUCUUACCUUACACCUGCGGUGAAAUUUUUCCUAAGGACUCCUAAAUCAUUGUCUACCAUCUACCCUAUGCCCUGCUGGAAUAAAGCAUAAGAUGGAAUUGAAGACUGUGUCUUCAUUUUGCAGAAUUUUUCUGCUUACACUCACUCUCCUUGAGGCAUGCAUCUUCUUUCCUUGAACAAACUGGAAAAUUACAUGGAAGUUUGUCUUAACCUCUUACAGUAUCAUCCAGAUGGGCAGGUGCUCUUACUAACUCUCAUAUAGGACCCAGACUCUCAUGUUAACUAGCCAAAUAGUUGGUGUCAAGAGCUCACUCAUAAGCACAGAACCAUACAUACAGUAUGACUGUAAAUAAAAUAUGGACUGUAAUUCCAUUGCAUUUUUUAUUUUUUUGCAUUUUCCUGUGGUUUACCUGUUUGUGUAUAUUUCCAUAUGUGAAUAAAAAUUAAAUGUUCUUUACCAGUCUGCUAUACUCUUCAACUA